GCGCUCUGCUGUGACAUAAUGGAACGUGCGAGCCUUGAAAAGCUCGCGGCGGUGCGCGCGGACCACACUCAGACCCAGCUCGAGCACAGAGGACUGACAGCUGCUCCGGUGAGGUGUUAAAAUAUUAAUAACACACAAUAUAUUUAAAAUUACAUUUUAUUUCUGAGAGGUUAUGGACAGGACUCCGUACUGAGGGAGUGCCGAGUACGACUUGUUAUUGUGACCGCGGGAAUAAUGAUGAAGAAGGAUAUUAACUUAAGCCUGGCAGACGACGCAGACCUCAAACCGCAUCUCCGCGACGCCGAGAGCAUCCUCAGCUCCCCGGACCUGGGGCUGCUUAAACUAGCCUCCCCUGAGCUGGAGAGGCUAAUCAUCCAGUCCAACGGGAUGGUCACCACGACGCCCACCAGCUCCCAGUUCCUCUACCCGAAGACGGUGACAGACGAGCAGGAGUUCGCGGAGGGCUUCGUGAAGGCGCUGGAGGACCUGCACAAGCAGAACCAGCUGAGCGGAGCCGGGCAGACGAACACCAGCCUGGACCUGGGUGCUAACAUCGCCCCGGUCACCCUGCAGCCGGAUCUACCGGUGUAUACAAACUUGAACAGUUACGGCAGCGGACCACUGGAAACCACUGUCAACUACUCCACGGACACGGUCCCUUUCCCGCCUCCCCCGUCGCAUCAUUUGGGGGCAGCCCCGCCGCAGUCGGAGCUUUCUCGGGUCCAGCCGCUGAAGGAGGAGCCUCAGACGGUCCCCGACGUUCAGAGCUUCGGGGAGAGCCCGCCGCUGUCUCCCAUCGACAUUGACUCACAGGAGCUCAUGAAAGCCGAGAGGAAGAGGCUCAGGAACCGGAUUGCAGCCUCCAAGUGUCGGAUGCGCAAACUGGAGCGCAUCUCCAGGCUGGAGGACAAGGUGAAAACGCUGAAGAGCCACAACACCGACCUGGCCUCCACGGCUAGCCUGUUAAGGGAGCAAGUGGCCCAGCUGAAGCAGAAAGUCCUCACCCAUGUGAACAGCGGCUGCCAGCUGCUGCCACACGAGGUUCAAGUGCACUAGUCGGCGGGGACGGACCUGCAGUUGGGCUACUAACCAGCAUUAUAAGCUUCAUGGACUUUAUUAAUGUCGGUUUCUCUGUAUGUAGCGUAGCCCAGAUGUGUGGGAUGAAUGCCAGGCCACGUAGGCCAAACUGUACAUUGAUAAUCAGCUGUUUAAAGGGGUUGUUUGAGCAUCGGCAAAAUAUAAACAUACCUGGUAGAACAUAAUUUAAUAUGCUGGGCGAUGAGACUCUUCUGCUAUAAUCGGCCAAUAGACAAUAUGGACACGUUGCAUUUAUAUUUAAAUAAUCAAUAAAAGCGAUUUCAAGGCUCCACAUUGCCCCUCCAGCCAUGGAGGGCUCACCAGUAUUAAUCUUUAGAUUUUAAACAAACAAUCGCCAAUUGGUUUACUGGAUUUAUGCGGAAAUGGAGAGUAUUUGCCUUUUGUGUGUUAGGUGUAUAAAAUCUUGUUCUACCUCGUAUAUAUGUUUACUGGUGGACAAGGCGACAUUAAACUGCAUUUUUUUGUAAUGGAGUUUGGCCACAGUGAUGACAGGAGACACAUAUCUAGAUUCUCACCCCCCCCUGUACAAAUGUUUACAGAUGGCCUGUGUGAUGGACCAAAUGGAUUUUCAAUGUUUCUACUGUAAUAUGCACAUUUAUGACACAAACACAACAUAUGAGGAAUUGGCUGUAAACAAAAUACCAGUUGAUUUGAAAGAGAUAAUCUACACACAUAUGCCACACAUUUCUGUAGGGAACAGUUUGCAUGUUGUUGACAUACUCGAAUGUGGCCCACAGAUGGGUGUCAAAGGGUGCAGUUAAUCAGUCUUUAUUAUCUAUAACCUUUACAAACACAUGUAUUUAUGUAUUUCUACUCUAAUGUGUCCUAUUUCAGUGUGUUCUUGUUUUAAUGUGAACAGUGGUAACCUUUUCGUUGCACUGACUGUUGCUGUCACCUCUAGCCUAUAGUUAUUUGGCUGUAUGCCGCUGUGUUCUUAAUUAAAUGCUGCUGGCAAUAAACACUGUUUCCUCCA